AGGUAAUAUAAGAAAACAUUACUAAGCUAAUCAAGAAGAGCCAGGCUUAUGAUCAGAGAUAAGCUCUCCCUUCUCUCUAUCCUCACUUCCGCAUUGGGAUAAGAUUCAUCGACCUGACUCACCGGCUCCUCCAUGGAUUGAGAGGCGGUCGUUUUUUAUUCAGCUACUAGACACACCUUUACUUUUGAUUUUGGUUCCGACCUUAGCAGCAACGGUUAUGCGGUCAGAAUCCAAGGAAACGGAUUUCAAUCGCAAAUUUCACUGUUCACCGUCGCUUUAGAUUUUUGUUAGUAUCUUCUAUCUUGGUGUUUUUUAAUUCAAUCGAUAAGUGGUUUGGGGAUUCCAGUCUCACGAAGCAUCUUCUCGAUCAUUUUGGGACGCGUGAUCUUUGGUGUUGGUCGGAAACCACCAACAACGACUGGUGGCCAUCUGCUCAUCGACGAAGUUGAUUCUUCGUGCUCCGUCACUUAAAUCUAUUCUGGAAAGCGGUUUGGGACUUUCCUUGUCUAGAAGAACAGAGUUGUACUGUCUUUUAACCCAGAGCCCUACUUCCGAAUUCUGAAUCGAAUUUCUGCAAAAAUGGCGAAGAAGAACCAAACCUACGGUCAACCUUCACAGCCACGAUUUACCAGGUCAACAGCUUCCAGGUUUGAGGUCCUUAACUCUAUAGAUGAAGAUUUCCCAGCACUUGCUGCAACGAAGAUGAAACCUGCAAUUCUGGAAACUCCAGCUUCUGCGAUGAUUUCACCUGCAGGGCAGGACAUAUCGGAGUUUUCUUCUGCGCAGACUUACACUAUUACAGCUGGAAACAAUGUUGUAAUCAACCCAAAUGCUGAGAGUAUUCUGAACGAAGGUGUGAUUACUGCUAUACAAGGUGGAAAAAUUGGGAGCUCUAACCACAGCUGCUACACAAGAUGCUGCAAAACAAGUUGCAGGACAGUCCCAUUCUGGAAAUAGUCCAACAGCAAGGCUAAUCGAGGUAAACACCUCAACUCUUACUCCUAAAGAAGCUCGAACAAUUAAUAAACCUUGGAAUGCCUUGUUUAAGGAUAACUGAUUCCCUUCACAAGGACUCAAAUUGAGAUUUAUUCCUCCAAAAGGCAAUACUUGGGAUUUUGCUGAUAGGGCUUUGACAAUCAUGGUAGAGAUGUGGGGCUAUUGCCUUGUUCGGUUAUUCACAGGCCCCGGCCUAAAAGCAAUCUACGAAUUAAAAUAGAAAUGGGGGGGUCAAAUGCAUUGCUCAGACUCAUGCUAGGCUCAUGCUAGGGGUUGGGUUAUUUUUAAAUUUCAAAAUGAAGCAGAUAGGCCGAAAGUGCUGACGAAGGGACCAUACACUAUUUUUGGUAAGUUACUCAUGUUGAAGGUACUCUCCGAGGACUUCUCAUUCGACGAUGAAGAAUUCCUUAAAGUGCCAAUUUGGUCAUAUUACCUAACUUACCAAUGAAACUUUGGAAUGAAGAAGCAAUGCGUGAGGUCGCAUCUAUGGUCGGGGUUCCACUAAACACAGAUAUGAUUAGGGGUGGGCAAAAAUACCGGAAAAUCGGUAUACCGCACUUACCGUACCGAAAAAUACCGAAAAAUACCGGAAUAUUGGUAUACCGUCAUUUUCGGUCCGGUAUCAUACCGUACCGAUUUCUUCCGGUAUGGUAACGGUAAAUGUUUUCAAAUACCGCGGUAUACCGGUAUAAUACCGUACUGACUCCUUGUCCAACAAUUAUUACUUUUAAUUCUAGAGUAUUGUAAAACUCCAUUACAAUUAUGAAGCCCUAAAUCAAUACUUACAUUGGUUACAAAUCUCCAAUGACUAAUUAGUAAUGUACUGAUGUCUAAAAACAAGUUCAUCUUGUUCCAAGAACUUGCGAGUUGCGAUGACUGAGUGGCUGAGUAGCUGAUGAGUGGAGAGAGGUACACUUAUGUGACAGGAUCUACAUAGGGAUUCCACAAGUCGAGGCAUACAACUUUAUCCGAAAGUCUUAUUCAUUUUUUUAAAAAAAUAUAAAAAUGACUAAAUGCACAAUAUCAUACUACCGCCAACCCAAAAUAAUUAGCCAAAUCCAAAACUUUGAUGAUUAAUAUAUAUUUAUUAGAAAUUAUUUAUAAUAUCAAAAUUAUAUGAAAUUGUUCUUUAUUAAAAGUACUUUCAUAAAAGUAUAAAAUUUAUAACUUUCAUAAUAUUAUACUAAUCAAAACCAUGGUUCAAAUUUUGAGAUUUGGCUAAACAUUUUGGGACAUAGGUAGUAUUAGGAAUAAAUAAUUUUAUAUCCAUGUUGUUUGAAUAAUUUUAUUUAUUAUUGUUAGAUAUCACUAUUGAUUUAAUUAUAUCUAUAUCGUUCAAGUUAUUUUAGGAGAAUGUGUUGUUUUUUAAUGCGUGACAUGUUGAACUGCUUAAAUAUACUAAUAAUAAUUAUUGUUCAAUAUUGAGUAUGACAUCAAUAGAUUAUUAAUUAUAUUUGUAAAAUUUUAAUAAUGAAAUAAAUAUGUCACUAGUAACACCGAUUUAGCAUAUUUCGUUAGUCUAUGAUAAUUUGUUGUAUUGGGAGACAUGGAUGGUAAUUUAUCGAUACCGUACCGUUACCGAACCGAAACUUCGGUAUACCGAAAUGCGGUAUACCGAAACUUCGGUAAGGUAACGGUAUAUAAAUUUUGCAUACCGAAAGUUUUGGUACGGUAAAGGUAUGAGAGAAAAUAUUCGGUAUACCGUACCGAACCACUCCUAGAUAUGAUCACCCACGAAAGGACUAAUCACAACUUUGCCAGAGUAUGAAUAGAAGUGGAUGUGUCCAAACCUCCCCCUACUUUCAUUCCCCAUACGUCUGUCAUCUCGGAAGGUUUUUACGCAACUUGUGGUGUACGAAACUUUCCUACAUUAUUGCUUUCAUUUCAAAGAAUAUGGACAUCAUCCAUUUAUUUGCAAAAAGUUGGCGGAGAAAGAAAAAGGGGUGUUCGAGGACAAGGGGCAUUCGGUUGAAGGAACCCAAGAUAUAAGGAAGGAAGUUGGGACCUUAGUAACAACCCAGGAAGAAAAAAGUGAGAAAGAAGCCCAAACCUUUGUGACAGAAAGCGGAGAUAUCGAAGAAUUAGUUAUGGAGGUGAUUGAGAACGGCUCGGAACAGAUGGUGGAUCCAAAUCCUGUAAAGGCAAUAGCUGAAGCUAAGGAAAAAUCUAGGGGUGGGCAUAAAACCCAAACUGAAUUGGUGCCGAACCGUCCCGUAGUGGUACCGAACCGAAUAUCGGGUAUUUAAAUGGUUCUAUAGAUUUUUAUCCCGUACCGAAACCGUACCAUUUGAAACGAGUACGGGACCGGUCCUAGAUUUUAAGAAGUGAAAAAUACCGGACCGAACCGUUCAAAAAUAAUGCAUUUGAAUUUUUUAUAUUUUUCAAUACCAAUAGAUUUCUUUUAUAGACCAAUAAUUUUAUAGUCCAAAUAUGUAUUCAUGUGUCCCUAAGAUAUUUAAAUCUGUG